CGCGGCUUGCAGCCACAGUCUGGAGAUAAUCAUCAUGCCGCCUCCUAUCUCCCCGCUGCCGCUCAUGGCCUCCAGCCCAAUCCCGUCGCCUCCGGCCGCGCGACCCGGCAGCGGCAGAGCCCUCGCCGCCGUCGCGCCCUGCAACUCCUCGGCGUCGCCGUCGCCGUCGACGUCGACGUCUUCGGUUGCGCCGGCGAGCGGCGGCAGGAGGGGCGUGCUCGCGCUGGGCGCGGGGUUCCUGGCCUCCGCGGCGCUGCUGUGCCCGGCCGGGGACGCCGGCGCGACGCGCAUCGAGUACUUCGCGACGGUCGGGGACAAGCUCUGCGACAUGGACUUCGCCAAGUCCGGGCUCGGCUACUGCGACGUCGAAGUCGGCACCGGCGUGCAGCCCAAGCGCGGCGAGCUCAUCAAUAUACACUACACGGCGAGGUUCCCAGACGGGACGGUGUUCGACAGCAGCUACAAGCGCGGGAGGCCGCUGACGAUGCGCAUCGGCGCAGGCAAGAUUCUCCGAGGGCUUCAACAGGGGAUCGGCGGCGGCGGCGGCGUGACGCCCAUGCUCGUCGGUGGGAAGCGCAAGCUGAUGAUACCUCCGAUUUUGGCUUACGGACCCGAACCAGCAGGCUGCUUCUCAGGGGACUGCAACAUUCCUGGGAACUCCACGAUACUAUACGACAUCCUUCUCGUCGGCAUCUACAAGUGAGCGUCUGACGGCAGCGAAUACGUCCACAAGCCUUGAGCAUAGGUCCAGUACAAGGUAGAACCCUUUUUCUUGCAGCAGCUUUUCUUCUCCAUGCUCGUCAGUGGUUACACCUGCAAGGGAGACUGAACUACAGGCGGGCAGACGAAGAGAAAGAUUUGCUAGUUCUUCAGGCGGCGAAAUCGGAUGCUCCCCGGUUUCCGAUGCGCAAGGCGCUGUAGGGGGCAAGCAAUCUGUACAAAUAGCAUUCUUGAUUAUGAUAUGAGGAGCAUGUAAAGCGUCACUCUGUAAUCUGUAAAGUCGAGUCGUGUUAUAUAUGCUGCUGACUGUCCUGAA